GCCUCCGUAGACUCUCGCUAUCUUUUACAGUAUCGUGUAGCCGUAAUGGCGCUAGCUUCCACAUGCAACAAGGGCCUGUUUAUUAUGGCUGGAGCUCCGUCUCUUCCUCUCGCUCGCUGAUUGGCUGUGCUACUUCAGAAGCGAAACGCGAUUGGUUUAGAGACCUGUCAAUCGGACUAGCAAUAGACGGGUACCCAAGACGGCAGGGUUGCGCGUGUCUUCCCAGGUCCUGGCAGCAGCAUCCGGCGAGGAGGUGAGGACGCUGGCCGCCUGUUUUAUGACUGCAAGGAACACUGGAUGUUUUUAUUUUGAAUUCUUCUUCACUGGAUAUACAUGCCCACGAUUUUGAGCGCGAGAAAGCGACACGCCGGUGAACGAGCACAUCGUUAUCGAUGGGGAAAAUAAGUUGAAGGCUUCGGAAGAAUGUUUUCCUUGUUCCAGGAAAACGGAUUGCUCUGUUGAGCAGCGUGAUGGGUGUUUCGAGGGGAUUUUGACAUUUGGAGAGGGUCUGGGGCUAUCCAUCUACAGCUUCGGGCUGGGGCGCAAAUGAAAACGGCAACAGAGCGCCAUACUGCAAAACAAGCUUCCCGGAUCGAUACAGUGUAGCAGUCUUUUCGCACGGGAGAAUUGCGCGUUUUAAUGUAAAUGUAAACAAGCUGGCGAGCAAGUACCAAAUCAGCAACGGUGGCCUGAUUGAGAUCCACGUAACUUCUGCAAACUGCAUGCAGCCCUGGCGGUGGAAACAGGGCUGGAUGAGCCCAAAAUGGCAAAUAUGAAGAAAUCUAAAAGAUGAAUGUUGCAUUUCCGCCGUAAGUUGUACUAUUCACCUAAUUUCCAUUUCCAUACAAGCCCGAGUUUCGAGCGAAGCAAGGUGCUCCUCAUGCCUCCAACAUGAGGGAGAUUUAAGGCCGUGCGGAAUUGAUUUAGCCUAUUAUGGGGGGAGCGCAUUAUUUUGAUUCGAUCCCUCUCUCCUUUUUUACCUUUCGUUUGUUUACCCUCCGCGAGAGGUUUCUUGGAUGUCCGAGAUUGUCAUUUUGCUAGUCUGGAACGUAUAACGCGAAAGAUCCUCCGAAGUAGGUCAGAUCAAAGCUGGAGAGUUGUUAGUAUGACACCUUUUCACACUCAUCUUUAUGUAUGGCGGACAUUUAUGCUUUGAUUUGACCCGUCGUUUGGCUCGAUGACAGCCAAAUGAGAGUUUGACAUCUUGGCAGCCUCCCUCUCCAUCUCGUUCGCCUCUUUGUUUUGUUUUUCCCCCUCUCAUUUCGGGCUGUUGAGUGAGUGAAUGGCUCUGUGCGGAACGACGGCUUCCAAUGCCGCGAAAAUGAUGGCUGCGUACAACGGCGGCACCGCGGCAGUGGCAGCGCAUCACCCGCACCAUCACCACCAGCUGCCCCAUCUCCCGCCACCCGCCCACCUCCACCACCAUCACCACCCGGGCCAGCAUCACCUCCAGCACCCCGGCUCGGUUGCCGCGGCGGCGGUGAUGCUGAACCCGAGCCAGCAGCAGCCGUACUUCCCCUCGCCCGCUCCUGGACAAGCUCCGGGGCCGGCGGCCGCUGCAGCCCCAGCGCAAGUUCAAGCCGCCGCCGCGGCCGCUGUGAAGGCGCAUCAUCACCACCACCACCAACACUCGCAUCACUUACAACAACAGCUGGAUAUAGAGCCGGACAGACCGAUCGGAUACGGAGCUUUCGGUGUGGUUUGGUCAGUGACAGACCCCAGAGACGGCAAACGCGUGGCCCUCAAAAAGAUGCCCAAUGUCUUCCAAAACCUCGUCUCCUGCAAGAGGGUUUUCCGUGAGCUGAAGAUGCUUUGUUUCUUCAAGCACGACAAUGUGCUGUCAGCUCUGGAUAUUCUGCAGCCUCCACACAUCGACUACUUUGAGGAAAUUUAUGUGGUGACGGAGUUGAUGCAGAGUGACCUCCAUAAGAUCAUCGUGUCUCCACAGCCCCUGAGCUCUGACCACGUCAAAGUCUUUCUCUACCAGAUCCUCCGAGGACUGAAGUAUCUACACUCAGCUGGCAUUUUGCACAGAGACAUUAAACCUGGUAACCUGUUGGUCAACAGCAACUGUGUGCUUAAGAUUUGUGACUUUGGCCUGGCAAGAGUGGAGGAGCUGGACGAGUCGCGUCACAUGACCCAGGAGGUGGUGACGCAGUACUACAGAGCGCCAGAGAUCCUGAUGGGGAGCAGGCACUAUUCCAACGCCAUCGACAUCUGGUCUGUGGGCUGCAUCUUUGCCGAGCUGCUUGGCCGACGCAUCCUCUUCCAGGCUCAGAGUCCCAUCCAACAGCUGGACUUGAUCACAGAUCUGCUGGGGACUCCGUCUCUGGAGGCCAUGAGGACGGCGUGUGAGGGGGCCAGAGCUCACAUCCUGAGAGGACCACAUAAACAGCCCUCACUUCCUGUCCUGUACACUCUGUCCAGUCAAGCAACCCAUGAGGCCGUUCACCUCCUGUGCAGGAUGCUGGUCUUUGACCCAUCGAAGCGGAUCUCUGCAAAAGAUGCACUGGCACACCCAUAUCUGGACGAGGGGCGUCUGCGGUACCACACCUGCAUGUGCAAAUGCUGCUACACCACUUCCUCUGGCCGCGUCUACACCAGUGACUUUGAGCCUGUCACUAACCCCAAGUUUGAUGACGGCUUUGAGAAAAACCUGACGUCAGUUCGGCAGGUCAAAGAGAUCAUUCAUCAGUUCAUCCUGGAGCAGCAGAAGGGGAAUCGGGUACCGCUCUGUAUCAACCCCCAAUCAGCUGCCUUCAAAAGCUUUAUCAGCUCAACAGUAGCUCAGCCCUCUGAGAUGCCUCCAUCUCCUCUAGUUUGGGAGUAGCUGAGGACGGCGGAGAAGAUGGCGUUGAUAACAGUGGUGGUGGACAUCCCUCUGGCAGCCCGUCCCGUGCCCACCCCUCGCCCCCCUGGACUACUGACCCCCAGACAUCCCCAAAACCUGCGUAGCAUUUCACUGGAGUCUAGGACUAGCCAUGUCGCUGAUGUGUGUGUGUGUGCGUACUGUAAUACUUACUAAAUGGAGUUUUAUAGAAGCAACCACUGCUGAUGAGUUCAAGCGGGACACGGGACGGGUGGGCAUGGUCACGGGGGGU